CGAAGUGGGGCGCUUUCCGGGAGUUUGGCGGAAAAUCUGCAGAAUUGUUGCUUCGCGACGCAUGGCAACACUUCAUUGUCAUUCGCUCAGAUGAUGUGCUCUGGGAAAUCGCAGAUAUUGCGUUCGAAGCAUGAAAUGAAACUUGAAAUCGCGCUUGAUAUUUGAUUCUUUGCUGAUUAACAGAUAAUAAUACCAAUAUCUGCCGAACAAUGUGAAACAAAUCACUCAAAGCAGCAGAAACUCAAAGGUACUAAAGCCAGUUAAGGCCUGAAAUCAUGCACGUGGUCUACUGGAGAAUCCCUCGCUCCGUGAGCUUCUCGGCAUUCUUCUGCGAACUUUCACAGUGUGGGUGUCAUCGUCGGACACUUCCUCUUGUCCACCAAAGUGUUCCAGUUGUUUUCACUCCUGUGGAGCGUUGCUUUGCGGACGAUGGAGAUGGCCAAGUCACUGUUCGGCGCGCGGGAUCACGAAGGCUAUGCUGGCAGGGAGGAACAUAUCAAGAAACUCGACACAGCUGCUUCCGAGGAUGACUCCGAGCUGGCGGAAAUCGCUGAAUCUCUGCAUCUGGUGCGCCCAAGUCCUGGAGGACCCUUUUCCGCGCUCACACCCUCGAUGUGGCCCCAGGACAUCCUCACGAAGCUCGGCCAGCCAGAGAGUGACAGCGACCAGCCCGAUUAUAGAUUUGAUGAGUUCGGCUUUCGCGUGGAGGAGGAGGACGGCCCAGAGCAGAGCUCCAACAAAUUGCUCAGCAUUCCCUUUGUGGAGGACGACAAGCAUCGGCUGCAGUGGAUAGCGCAUCUGGAGUUCUCGCACCACAAGGAGGCCACCGAGCUGACCUGGGACACUGUGGACGUGGUCCUGCCGCGCACCGAGAAGCUCCGGAACAUGGUUCGCGCCGGAAUCCCGCACUCCCUGCGACCGCAGAUGUGGAUGCGCCUCUCGGGGGCGCUGCAGAAGAAGCUCAAGACGGAGACGACUUACCGCGAGAUCGUGAAGGCGUCCAGCAAUGAUGCCCUGAUGACGUCCAAGCAGAUUGAGAAGGACAUCCUGCGAAUAAUGCCCACAAAUGUGUGCUUCAGCUCGCCAUCUGGCACAGGGAUUCCACGGCUGCGAAGAGUCCUGCGCGGAAUUGCCUGGCUGUAUCCGGACAUUGGCUAUUGCCAGGGAACGGGAGUCAUUGUAGCCUCGCUGCUGCUGUACAUGGAGGAGGAGGACGCCUUCUGGAUGAUGGCCACGAUUGUAGAGGACCUCUUGCCGGCAUCCUACUACUCCUCCACAUUCCUGGGCAUCCAGGCGGAUCAGAGAGUGAUGCAGACGCUGAUUGGGAACUACCUCAGCUCUGUGGACGAGGCGCUGAAGAGUCACGAUAUCGAACUCUCGCUGAUCACUCUGCACUGGUUCCUCACCAUCUUCGCCAAUGUGGUGCACAUGAAGAUUCUGCUGCGCGUGUGGGACUGGUUCUUCUACGACGGCUCCAUCGUGCUGUUCCAGCUGACGCUGGGCAUGCUGAAGAUCAAGGAGCCAAGCCUCAAGGAUCUGGAGAACUCUGCACAAAUCUUCAACUCCUUGAGCGACAUUCCCGGUGACAUUGACGAUGUGGAGAAUCUCUUCGCCAUUUCCAUGGAAGUGGGCGGAUCUCUGAGCCAGACAGUGAUUGACACGCAUCGCCGGCGGCACUUGGCGUACUUGAUGGCCGACCAGGGGACGCUCGUGGGCAAUCCCGAGGCCACACCCAAUCUGCCCAAGCAGCAGCUAGCGAAGCGACAGGUGAAAAAGAGCAAAUCAGUGAUCCAGACGCUACUAUUUGGCGCCGAGGGCGGCGAUGAGGAUCUCAAGUCGAAGAACAUCCGGCAAACGGAGAUCCUGGUGGACUUGCGAGAGGCGAUCCUGAAAGUGGCGCGUCACUUCCUCACCAUCGAGCCGAAGCUGCAGGCGCACAUAAAGCUGGUGGCGGACUACACGAUGAGCAGCCACGCCAAGGAUCACGAGGACUACAUCAAUGUGUCGCGCAAUAGGAAGAGGCGCGCCAAGGCGCUGCACGACUUCGAGCGCCACGAUGACGACGAGCUGGGCUUCAGGCGCAACGACAUCAUUACAAUCGUGAGCCAGAAGGACGAACAUUGCUGGGUGGGCGAGCUGAACGGGCUACGCGGCUGGUUCCCGGCUAAGUUCGUGGAGUUGCUGGACGAGCGCAGCAAGCAGUACAGCUCCGCCGGCGACGACGCCAUCUCAGAGACGGUGACAGACCUCGUGCGGGGCACCUUCGCGCCCACAAUCAAGCAGGUGCUGGAGCACGGCAUGAGGCGGCCCUCCUUCCUGGGCGGCCCGUGCCACCCGUGGCUCUUCAUCGAGGAGGCGGCCACGCGGGAGGUGGAGAAGGACUUCGACUCCGUGUACAGUCGUCUGGUGCUGUGCAAGACGUACCGCUUGGAUGAGGACGGGAAGGUGCUCACGCCCGAGGAGCUGCUCUACAGAUCCGUCCAGUCCAUCAACCAGAGCCACGACAACGCCCACGCCCAGAUGGACGUCAAGCUGCGCUCGCUCGUGUGCCUGGGGCUCAACGAGCAGGUGCUCCACCUCUGGCUGGAGGUGCUGUGCAGCUGCGCGGAGAUCGUGCAGAAGUGGUACUAUCCGUGGAGCUUCAUCUACUCACCCGGAUGGGUGCAGAUCAAGUGCGAGGUGCGCAUCCUCUCGCAAUUCGCCUUCAAUCUCAAUCCCGACUGGGAAUUACCGGCCAAGAAGGGUGUUCAGAGCCAGCCGCUCAAAGAUGGUGUGCGGGACAUGCUGGUGAAGCACCACCUUUUCUCCUGGGAUCUCUAGGCAUUCGCCAAGAGACGUUUGUCGUCAUUCCCCUCACUUGGCGACUCUUUCCUGUGCAGCUCACUUGACUAUUUACACACUACACACAGAGAUUCAAAGCUAUUUUGUGAGGAAAAGUAUGUAAAUGCAGUUAAUUUAUUAUCAAAUAGAGAAAAUCUCAUGCAAGA